AUGUCGAACGGUACCAAUGGCUUUCACGAAGCCAUGGAGGAUCUUCAAAUAACAAAUGGCGAUACCACUGAACGAUCGUCGUCAGAGGACGAGCAGAACAAAAAGAAGAAGAUGAGUCGCAAGAAUUCUAGCCCAAUGAUGCCAGCUUUCAUGGUCUCAGCACCAGGAAAGGUCAUCGUCUUUGGCGAACAUGCUGUAGUCUACGGCAAGGCCGCUAUUGCUGCUUCGAUCAAUCUCCGCUCCUAUCUUCUAGUAACGCACCUUUCUAAGUCAAAACGUACGGUUACCAUGCAGUUCCCCGAUAUCGACCUGGUCCACACCUGGAAUAUUGACGAAUUGCCGUGGGGUGAAUUUCAAAAGCCGGGAAAGAAAAAGUAUUAUUACGAUUUGGUCACGGAGCUGGAUGAAGAGCUUUUGGAGGCCAUGGAUCCGCACCUGUCUAAUAUUUCACCAAAAAUGCCCGAAUCCCAGCGAAAAAUACACAAAAAUUCCGCUCGCGCGUUCCUAUACCUGUUCCUAUCACUAGGGUCGCGAAAAUCUCCAGGUUGUAUAUACACACUUCGCUCAACAAUACCCAUAGGUGCCGGUGUCGGAAGCAGCGCGUCGAUCGCUGUCUGUUUGGCUGCAGCUAUGCUAUUACAGAUCCGGACGCUGUCUGGUCCGCAUCCCGAUCAACCACCCGACGAGGCCCGCACACAAGUGGAGAGGAUUAACAAAUGGGCCUUCGUGGCAGAGAUGUGCAUACAUGGCAAUCCUUCUGGCGUGGACAAUACGGUCUCGACACAUGGCAAGGCCGUGGUAUACCAGCGACUCGAUUACAACAAACCGCCCUCUGUCACCCCAUUAUGGGAUUUCCCGGAAUUACCACUGCUUCUAGUGGACACGAGAGUGCCCAAGUCUACGGCCGCCGAAGUAGCCAAGGUUAAGGAGCUGAAAGAUGCGCACGGGCAACUAGUGGGUUCGAUCAUGGACGCGGUAGACAAGAUAACCAGAAGUGCGGAGAGCCUUAUCGAGGAAGAAUACUUCGACAGCGACGAACCCGAGAGUCUACGACGCAUGGGACAGCUGAUGAAUAUCAAUCAUGGUCUGCUAUCGGCCAUAGGCGUUUCGCAUCCUCGUCUCGAACGGGUACGAGAAUUAGUCGAUCAUGAGGGAAUGGGAUGGACGAAACUUACGGGUGCUGGUGGUGGUGGCUGCUCGAUAUCGUUGAUGAGGCCGGAUGUACCACGAGAAAAAGUCGACAAGCUGGAACGCCAAUUGGAAAACGAAGGAUACAAACAGUUCAGAACGACGCUCGGCGGAGAUGGUGUCGGUGUUCUAUGGCCUGCGGUGUUAAAAAACGGACUGGACGAGGACGAGGAAGGUGGAAUGGAAAUCGACCUCGACAAAUUCCUAAGUGCCCCGGGUAACGACGGUGUUGAAAAGCUUGUCGGUGUAUUUGGUGGCCUGGAUGGCGCAGAGAGGGAGGCAAAACAAGAACCACCGAAGAAACCACAAACCGUUAAAGAGCUCGAGCAGCAGUGGUAUUACGACACCAACCCUUACCAAAAAGCUUACGAACAGCUCGGCCUAGAUGGCAUGACCGCAGCCGACCGACAAGCCUACCUUAAUCAAGAAUAUUUAAAGCCUGGUCUAGCCAAAACACUAUCAAAUAAAGCUCAGAAGGAGCUCUGGAAACAGCUGAACGAGGCAAACGUUCCUCUACGAAAUUUACCCCCGCCUCGCGAAAAUCAGUGGGGUCGUGACAAGAACGGCCGCGACCUUGGCGAUUAUACCGUCGAAGAAUACGAAGCAUACAACGCAAAAGAGAUUAAACUUUUAUCUUUGAGUGAAAAGAGCUGGGAUUUCAGGCGAAAACACGCUAGGGCUAGGAACGCCGACCGUUUCCCUCUUAGCGACACCGAGAAGCACCUCAUCUUAACCGAAGAAGACAUCGAAGUUGAGAGGGCCAGGAGGAAGGAGAUGGCACAAUUAAAGAAAGAGUUAUAUGGCGCAAAGAUGGAUCCGUAUGCGCUGGAUCCAGACUGGGACGAUGUAGUUCCGAUACCCCAGCAAGACACAGAAGGAGCACUUGCUGCCAUAGCAUACCCAGAGGAAUAUGCCGAAGCUAUGUCAUACCUCCGUGCUGUCAUGGCAGCUAAAGAACACUCCCCUCGAUGUCUCAAGUUAACCGAGCAUAUCAUAUCGAUGAACCCAGCACACUAUACUGUCUGGAUUUAUCGAUUUGCCAUUGUCGAGGCCUUGAACAUAUCCAUCCCGGACGAGAUCGAGUGGCUCAACGAGAUAGCACUUACAUGGAUCAAGAACUACCAGAUCUGGAACCAUCGUAAUCAUCUGAUAGAUCACUAUUACCCAGCAAUAGUGACGUUACCCGACGAAUUAGCCGCUCUCGCCGACAGCGAGAGGAAGUUCUUGGACGAGAUGCUGAAGCUGGACACGAAGAACUAUCACGUGUGGAGCUACCGGCAGUACCUAAUACGCAAACUGGGAUUAUGGGGUGAAGCGGAGCUGGAGAGCGUAGAUGCCAUGAUCAAAGACGACGUGCGAAACAAUUCAGCCUGGUCCCACCGCUUCUUCGUCGUCUUCUCCGACCCAUCGAUCUCAUCCCCCGACUCCCACGCCACAGAACACGACCCCAAGGUCCCAGCCGAAACCAUCGAUCGCGAGAUAGAGUACGCGAAGAGCAAGGUCGCCCUGGCGCCUCAAAACCAGAGCCCCUGGAACUAUUUGAAGGGCGUGAUGCACAAGGGCGGAAGGGAAAUGAGGACCGAAAGGGAAUUUGCUGAGAAAUUCGUCGAGAAUCUAGGUGAUGCAGAAAAUGAGAAGGUGCGCAGUUCCCACGCCUUGGAUCUUCUCGCCGACGCCUAUAAGGAGGCGGGUGAGAAGGAAUUGGCACGGCUCGCUCUGACGAGACUUGGUGAGAAGUGGGAUCGCAUUCGUCGUGGUUAUUGGGAGUAUAGGAUUGGUUUGCUUGAUGGGGAUUUAAACAAAGUUGGAAGUUAG